CGGCCGUUCCGCCGUCCAAGUGGUAGCAAAACAGCGCCUUGUAGCGCUUUGGUUGUUUGUCAAUAUUUUACUUUCUGAAUUUUAUCCAGCUUUCGGGACUUCGAUAAUAUCGGAUUAUUUCCACUGUCGUCGGAGAGUCCUCACCGCCUAGAAACUUGCGGUUUAUCUAGGGGCUCUAUCGGCUCAAAUUUGAAGAUUCACAAUGAUGUUUUGGACAAGGAUAAUAUGGUUCAUGGACCAAGGCGAUCAUCUUGAGAUUGACGAAGACACGAAGUGGCCUACUGUAUUAUUGAGUUGAUGCACCUGAAAUACAUUUAGUCCUAUAUCAUCGAUAGUUUUAAAUAAAUACAGUCACCCUGGCUCGUUUGAAAAUAUUUCAAAGACUUACAAGUGUUAAUAAAACUGGUUUUAAUGAGGCUGAAAGGGUGCAGAAGAGGGCAGGAUCUCUUUUGAGAAGGUUCAGCGUAGCACGACUGACUCCGAUGAACAAUGAACCAUUCCGGAAGUGGGAAGCGGCAGGCAAAGGUUUUGGAAGACAGCUAUUGGGACUGCAGUGUCUGUACCUUUAGGAAUACAGCUGAAGCUUUCAAGUGCCUCAUGUGUGACGUCCGCAAAGGAACCUCUACGCGGAAGCCCCGCAUCAAUCCUCAACUAGUAGCUCAGCAGGUUGCUCAACAACAAUACGUACCACCCUUGAAACCAGGUAAAAAAGAGGGUGGAAGCGGUAGUAGCACUACCAGCAGUGGAAAAGACAAGGAACGAAAACUGGAUAAACCAAGGCGCAAGAACUGGCAUCCGCCUCGCCUCAAGAACAUUGACCGGAGUACGGCACAAACUAAAGAAGUCACUGUGAAUAAUGUUACCGUUGUCAUCACUGAAUACAAACCAAAAGUAAAGAAGAGCUCCGACCAAUCCGGCCUCUCGAGCAGUGCGUCUUCUGAGAAUGGAAGUCAGCAUGAUUCUAAUCAGGAUUCUAGAAGCCUUGACAUAGGAACUGAUGCCUAGUUCGUCAUUACGACAUGUGCAUAAAUGAUUAUAAUUAAUAUAUAUGCUAUGCAAAACCACACCAUCUGAUAUCAGCUGCUUUACUUUUAUUGAAGUUUGUUAUUUCACAUCUGUGUGCGAGAUAAGCACUAUCAAUUGCCGUAUACCCGCGUAAACUGUUAUCCAAUUAUCCAUCUACUGUGGCUUUAGAAAUAUGUAAUUGUCGGAUGUUUUGGUUUUCGCGUCAUAUUUUAGUGUUCUAACGAUGGGAAAGUUGGCUGUUACUCGUUGCUCAAUCCCGCAUCCUUAGCUGGAACAUCUUGCAUUAAAUUGCACAUGCGUCAUAGUGUCAAGUGAUAUCACACUGCCAGAGAUCCAGUUAUCGUUUUACAUGCCUUUGAAGUGUUUGAAAAACUAUUGUAUGAAUCUUCAAGGUUAAGAAACUUCCAAAUAUUUUCCAAUUGAUUUCUCAAAUAAUUCGUCUUUUUUUAAAGAUCGUGACUUGAGUUAUUAAAAUAUCAAAACUACAUAUGAAUUCAUUACAAAAAUUUCAGAAAUUGGAAGAAAAAAAGUCUUGUACCCCCUUAUACUGAUUAAGCGCAUUGAAUCAACGAAUAGUGGUUAUUUUUUUAUGCCAAAACAAAAAGAAAGCAAACAUAAAUAAUUGCCCAAACGCGUCAUAAUGCAUGAUUGUGAAUUCUUUAGAUCAAAUAAUUUUACAGUCACUGUAUUAUGAAGAUUGCUAUUGGCGAAAUCUCAUUCUUGUUACAUCGUGUCCAUUUCUCGUAUUUUGUCAAAAUUGCCAAAAGAUAUUGAGAUUAAAAAUUCCACACUUACUCUUAAUAUUGACUAAUAACUGGGCUAAUGGCAUUCAUUUCCAGGACUGCAGUGAUAACUGCUCAUGACAAUAGCCUAAAAUAGCAAGCUAUAUUUUAUAGAUCUUAGACUCAGAGAAUCCAUCAAAAAUGACCAUUUGUUGAUUGAUAUUUCUAUGUGUAAAUACAAGUAAGCAGCGCAAAUUCAAAAAACCAUAGGAAAUUUAUCAAAUACAUAGAGUUACAGAACGUCAUAGUUAGAUAUUACACAUAUCCCAAUAUCUGACAGGUACCGUAUAAAAGCCGAGGUUUUUUUUUAUCGUUGGCAGUACCAGUUGAAAUCAUACUUGGUUUACACAUAGACCUGCCUCACCUGCGGGCAACUGAAAAAAACACCCUGAAAUACUGUCUCAGAAUGGGGGUCGUCUUAUUAUAUGCGAGGUCGGCUUAUACUCGGAACAAUACGUUACUUGUGUCUGAUACAUGACGUAUAGAUUUCUCAACAACUUACAGUUUCAUUAUAAAAUAAUGAACGUGUAUAUAAUUUCUCAUAUUAGGAGAUUAAUAUGACAAAUAAGGUAUUGUCAUUCAAUUAUUAUAGUAAUUAUCUUUAGUGCAAAUUAUUAUUUUUUUUUAAAAGCAGAUUUUCUCAACAUGUUACAAAAGUAACCCUUAUGUACUCGUCAUAUUAAAUUUCAUUGCAUACAAUACACCGUUUUUACUUGGAACUGGAAAAUUAAUUACGUUACAAUGCAAUCAAUUGAUGAUUAUACAACUUCAAUGUGUCCACAAAGUACUCAACUACAUAUCUUUAUAUUUUCGCAUAACAUUAUUUCAACUAUUUGCAAUUUGGAAUCAUCAAGAAAGCUAAGGAUGGAAAACGGAGCCUUAAACAUCAAUUUGUGUACUACCAUAGAGAUCGUAAGUCAUCUGUGAUCUGAAAUUGUUGUGUAUGGUCGGACAGCGACAGCUUUGUUUUUCUUACUGAAACUUUUUGCGAAAAGUGUAGAAAGUAUGGAUAUGAAGAGCAAAGCUGACGGUGGAACACUAUGAAAAUACGUGAAUGUAAAUCAUUGAGGCUGAAAUAGAUACAGCUUAGAAGUGUCCUAAAAGUAAAAUAUUUGGCAAUUAUGGAAUACCAAUUGACGAGAAAAUAAAAAAAUUAUGAAUAUCAAAUCAAAACUUAUCUGUACUAUGGUAGUAGCAUGUGACCUGUGUAUAUCUAGAUACUAUGUAAACUGUAUUAGUAAUUAUAAAAUUACUAAUAUUUUAGUAACAACAACGGUUAUUGGUGUAAAAUUAAUGGCAUAGAAUCUCUGUGUACAACUAAUCCAACAGCUAUUAUUCGUUUGUUUUGAAAUAACAUGAGACUGCCUUACACAUCGUUCAAUACAAUACACAUAUUAUUAGUUCGAUUGAAAACAAACGAUUCCAUGAAGCUAAGUUGACGUUGAGCAGGGUCAAGAUUACUGAAAAAUAUGAAACUAAUCGUUGGCGCUAUCGAAAUUAAGACUAAAUCAGAAGAUUCAGGAUUAUUUAAUAUCACGAAAUACGUGGCAGAACAUCUGCUAAUAGUCUAACAGAUAAGCUUAGCUAGUGCGGCCUGAGUUAAGUUUCGUCUUUUCUAGUAAUCUCUUAUAUUUUAUACUUAUUACUCAAGCUCUGUGGAGCUUAAAGUUUUACAGAUGAAGAUGACCACCCCUAAGGUAACUAAAGACAUAAUCGAUCUGUUAGGUUCAUGUCGUAUACACAGUAAAAGUUAAAUUCAUGCAAUCAUCAAAUUAUUGAAACCUAGCUUCAUCGAAAUAGGUAAAAAUUGAACUGACAUUUUUCUCGCCUUAGGCGGGAUAACUAAUUCGAUAAUUUCGUCGAUACAUUUUUUUUCACCUCUAAUGCGUGAUACGUGCCAACAUUUCAGUCUAUGUAUCUCCUACAAUACCGCGAUUUCCACCAGACCUCAUUAGACGGACAUUUAAAAAGCAUGAUAUCAUUUUUUCAUUCGCGACGCUCUACGAUAUCUUCAUUUCAUGUAUCACAACUUUAUGAUCUUUCAUUUUAGUAAAAAUCAAAAUCUUUUAUUUAGGAUUUUGCGUUGCGGUAAUCGCUGUCAGUUGGCCUCCACUGUGAAUGUGCAAAACCUGCUUCAAUAGAUCCGUAUGGUAUCCACGAGGUACACCAACUAUGACAGCAAAGUCCAUUUUGUAAUAUGCUUAGGAAAAAUAUUGUAAAUUGAAUAUAAUAUCUGUAUAUGUAUAUUAGGGUGUCUACAAAAAAAACUAUUUCGAUUUUUCAUGCUCUUACCCCUCAAAACUUGAGGUUUGAUAGAAAAAAACAUCCUCGCGAAAAGGAAACUCUGUAACUCAAGUAAAGCCGCCGUUUAUUGGACGUUUCUAACUAUAACAGCCAAUUAACGUCUAUAACGAACUUUUUGGAAGGAAAAAUUCGAGACCAUGGGGAUUCUGUUUCAAAUCGAGAGAAAUAAAAUUUCAUUAAAUAAAUUUUUUUUCAUACCUAAUUUUUAUUUUUCUAUAAUUUCUAAUUUAAAAAAUUACAAAAAUUAUGAAUAGGAAUAAGAAAAAAAUUAAUUCAACGAAAUUUUGUUUCGCUUAAUUUGAAACAGAAUCCCCAUGGUCUCGAAUUUUUCCUUCCAAAAAUUUCGUCAUAGACGUAAAUUGGUUGUUAUGAUUAGAAGCGUCCAAUGAGCGGUGGAUUCCCUUCCUCUUCUUUGCGAGGAUGUUUUGUUCUAUCAAAACUCAAGUUUUGAAGAGUAGGAGCAUGAAAAACUGAGAUUGGUUUCUUUUGAGACACUCUAAUGUAUAUAUACAAACGUACAUAUAUGUAUAUAUAUGUACAUUAGGGUGUUUCAAAAUAAAAAAAAAAUCGAUUUUCCAACGGGCCACACUUGAAAUAGUUAGUUUAGGUAGAAA